AAUGGCGAAUCCCUCUUCAUCAUCCAAUCUCUGAUCCUCUCGGAGGUCUUAUUAGAACUUUAGGUUUAUUUUACCCACUCAUUUGUUAUAUAUAUAUAGAGAGAGAGAGAGGGAGGUAUACAACUGGUGUUACUCCUGCUGCUUCUGCUGCUGCUGCUGCGUUUUUCAGAGCUCAAGUGCCGAUUGGAAACUCUUGUUGCUUCUUCAAUCCUUAACCUGUAAAAUAUUCGCCUUGCUCGGAUUCUUGCUUCUGAGCUUCACCUCCCGAACUCCGAGUUUCAGCUAAUUAAACAGGUUCGAUACUAAUAAUUAUAUCUAAAAUGGCACCUAGGAGCAGUCGGGGCAAGCCCAAAGGAGAGAAGAAGAAGAAAGAGGAGAAGGUCCUCCCGGUUGCUGUGGACAUCGCCGUGAAUCUCCCCGAUGAAUCUCGUAUUAUUCUAAAGGGAAUAUCGACGGACAGGAUAAUAGAUGUUCGUCGGCUUUUGUCUGUCAACGCAAUUACUUGCAGCGUUACCAACUUUUCGUUAUCUCACGAGAUCCGGGGCCUGCGAUUGAAGGACACGGUUGACGUAUCUGCUUUGAAGCCCUGUGUUCUAACCUUAGUAGAAGACGAGUACGAUGAGGAUAGCGCGGUGGCGCAUGUUAGACGACUGCUGGAUAUCGUGGCUUGCACAACCUGCUUCGGUCCUUCGGCGGGAAAAGAUGCAACGGCAGUGCCUGCGACCGCGAACAAGGAUUGCAAGUGCGCUGCAGGCGGUACGCAGGAUAAGAACAGCAAGCAACCUGGCAAAUCUCAGGCCAACGUCAAGCACACCUCUUCAUCGUCGUCCAAAGAUGGAACGAUCGAGGGCGAAGGGGAGAUGAGCAGCGCGUGCCCUAAACUCGGGAGCUUCUAUGAGUUUUUCUCGCUCUCGCAUCUCACGCCUCCUAUUCAGUUUAUACGGAGGACCACGAAACGACGAACGGAAGAGAUUUUACCAGACAACCAUCUAUUCUCACUCGAAAUAAAGCUCUGUAAUGGAAAGCUGGCUUUUGUUGAAGUUUGCAGCAAAGGAUUUUAUAGUGUCGGAAAGCAGCGGCUUCUGAGCCACAACCUUGUUGAUCUGUUACGACAGCUUAGCAGAGCCUUCGACAAUGCCUAUGAUGAUCUCAUGAAAGCAUUCUCAGAGCGUAACAAGUUUGGUAAUCUCCCUUAUGGGUUCCGUGCAAACACGUGGCUUGUUCCUCCUAUUGCAGCACAAUCACCAUCAGCUUUCCCUCCUCUCCCAGUGGAGGAUGAAACAUGGGGAGGAAAUGGAGGUGGUUUAGGAAGAGAUGGGAAAUAUAAUUUAAUACCUUGGGCCAGUGAGCUUUCAUUUCUCGCAUCUAUGCCUUGCAAGACAGUAGAGGAAAGACAGAGCAGAGAUAGGAAAGCUUUCCUUCUACAUGGCCUAUUUGUAGAUGUAGCAAUUUUCAAUGCCAUUUCAGCAAUACGGAAUGUUAUGAGAAAGUUGGAUUCAACGCCAUCUGUUGGAAAAGGCAAAAUCCUUCACAUUGAGAGAGUGGGGGACUUGAGCAUUACCAUAAUGAAAGAUACUUCCAAUGCUAGUAUUAAGGUAGAUACCAAGAUUGAUGGGAAUCAAACAACAGGAAUGGAUGCACAGCAUUUGGUAGAAAGAAACCUACUGAAAGGGAUUACUGCAGAUGAAAAUACAGCAGCCCAUGAUAUUGUCACUCUAGGUGUUGUCAAUAUAAGAUAUUGUGGAUAUAUUGCUAUUGUGAAAGUGGACCAGAGAAACAGCAGUGAAGUGGAUCCUCCAUCUCGAUGCAUGGACACCAUUGAUCAGCCUGAAGGAGGUGCCAAUGCUCUCAAUGUUAACAGUUUGAGGUUGCUUCUUCACAAAAGACUAGCCUCAGAACACAAUAAAACAAUUUCACGUUCACAAGAUGUGGAGCGUGAAGAGCUUAAUGCUGCUCGGGCUUUUGUUGUGAGAGUGUUGGGAGAAAGCCUUGCUAAGAUUCAAGAAGAAGAAAUAGAACAAGAUAUCUUUGUGAGGUGGGAACUAGGAGCGUGCUGGAUACAACAUUUACAAGAUCAAAAGAAUGCAGAAAAAGAUAAGAAAAUAUCUAAUGAAAAGUCUAAGAGUGAGAAAAAGAUUGAGGGACUUGGGAAGCCUCUUAAGCUUCUUAAGAACAACAUAAAGAAAUCAAAUGAGAGCAAUCAAAAGGUACAAUAUGAAAAUGGCAAAUCUCCUGCAGAGCGUAUUGAUGGGGAAGCUGAAAAUGCUAAAUCAAAAUCUGCGGAAUCAGAAGCUGAAAUCAAAGCCAAUGAGAAUGAACUUGAACUAAAAAGGUUGUUGUCUGAUUCUGCAUUUACACGGUUAAAAGAAUCAGAAACGGGACUUCAUUGCAAGUCGCUGAAGGAGCUAAUUGAAAUGUCUCAGAAAUAUUAUAAUGAAAUUGCUCUUCCUAAGCUUGUUGCAGACUUUGGCUCAUUGGAACUUUCCCCAGUUGACGGCCGGACUCUAACAGACUUCAUGCAUACAAGAGGCCUCAGGAUGUGCUCUCUUGGACGUGUUGUUAAGCUUUCAGAAAGGCUAUCACAUGUACAAUCACUCUGUAUUCACGAGAUGAUAGUAAGAGCUUUCAAGCAUAUUCUGCAAGCUGUGAUUGCAGCUGUCACUAAAAUUGAAGAUAUGGCUGUUUCAAUAGCUGCUGCAUUGAACCUGAUGCUUGGGGUUCCUGAAACUGAAGAGUCCAAUCAUUCUUGCAAUGUGCAUGCUCUUGUGUGGAGAUGGAUUGAGGUCUUUUUGAUGAGGAGAUAUGAAUGGGAACUAAGUAGCUUAAACUACCAGGAUGUGAGAAAAUUUGCAAUUCUGCGUGGGUUGUGCCAUAAGGUUGGUAUUGAGCUGGCUCCAAGGGAUUUUGAUAUGGAUUCUCAACACCCUUUUCGGAAAGUGGACAUUAUUAGUCUGGUACCAGUGCACAAGCAAGCUGCUUGCUCAUCUGCAGAUGGAAGACAACUCUUGGAAUCGUCAAAGACAGCUUUAGACAAGGGAAAGCUUGAAGAUGCAGUCAGCUAUGGGACGAAGGCUCUCGCAAAGCUGGUAGCAGUUUGUGGUCCCUACCAUCGGAUGACAGCAGGAGCCUAUAGCCUUCUGGCUGUAGUUCUCUAUCACACAGGAGACUUCAGUCAGGCCACAAUUUAUCAACAAAAGGCAUUAGAUAUCAAUGAGAGAGAGCUAGGACUUGAUCAUCCAGAUACAAUGAAGAGUUACGGGGAUCUUGCAGUUUUCUAUUACAGGCUUCAACACACAGAACUGGCUCUCAAGUAUGUAAAGCGUGCACUCUAUCUUCUACAUCUCACUUGUGGCCCAUCUCAUCCAAACACUGCUGCUACAUACAUCAAUGUGGCUAUGAUGGAGGAAGGCCUAGGAAAUGUUCAUGUUGCUCUCAGAUACCUCCAUAAAGCUCUGAAGUGUAACCAGAGGCUACUAGGUCCAGACCAUAUUCAGACUGCGGCAAGCUACCAUGCUAUAGCUAUUGCUCUCUCACUGAUGGAAGCAUACCCUUUAAGUGUUCAGCAUGAGCAGACAACCUUGCAAAUUCUCAAAGCAAAGCUUGGUCCAGAUGAUCUUCGUACACAGGAUGCUGCUGCUUGGCUAGAGUAUUUUGAGUCUAAGGCUUUUGAACAGCAAGAAGCUGCUCGAAAUGGGACCCGGAAGCCUGAUGCAUCCAUUGCUAGCAAAGGCCACCUGAGUGUGUCGGAUUUACUUGACUACAUUAAUCCUAAUCAAGAUGCAAAAGGAAGAGAAGCAGAGGCAGUGAAGAGGAAAAGUCUGGGUACAAAGGUAAAGGAAAUAUCUACCCAGAAUUUCAACUUAGCAAGUACUGAAGGAUCAGUGAAAGAUUCAUCCACAGCUGCUUUGGAAGAAGAGAAUGAAGAGAAACAAAUUCCUGAACCUAAAAAUAAUGAAGAGAAUGACCAUGAACCUGUUAGUCAAAUUGAACCCAAACAGAUGGUGGUGAAGGAAGUUAUAGAGGAGAAGCCAGUGACUGUCAAUGAAUUCUCAACAGAAGCAAAUGCAGAGGGAGAUGAUGGAUGGCAACCAGUCCAAAGGCCCCGAUCAUCUGGGUCGUCUGGGCAGCGGUUAAGACAAAGAAGGCCAAAUAUUGCAAGGGUCUACAGUUAUCAGAAAAAGGAUUUGGUUACUGAAGCAGAUCAAUCUAGAUUAAGAAAUGUGCAUCAGAACAGUAGGUAUUACUUGAUAAAGAAACGAACUGGUGGAAGCUACAUGGAUCAUCACACUGCAAAGAAUACCUCAUCGGGCACUAGGUUUAGCAGAAAAAUAAUUAAAGCUGUGACAUACAGGAUCAAGUCAAUGCCAUCUUCUAGCAUAGCUGAAGUAAAAGAUACUUACAAGAGUGGAGGAGAUGAGAUAUCCAGUACUGUGCUUCAACCCAAGCCUUCUUCUGCACCAAAUGAAGCUACACCAGCUUUACAGAACAACACAAUAAUUAGUCUUGGUAAAUCUCCUUCUUACAAGGAAGUAGCACUGGCCCCACCAGGCACUAUAGUUAAGAUGAAGGUCCGGAAUUCCCAAAGUGAUAUCCCCAGUAAUGCUGCAAUGAAUAUUAAGAAGAAUGAAGAGGAAAAUGAAGCAAUGGAAAGUGAUAUAUCUGUGAAAUUAGAGAUUGAAAAUACCACGGAGGAAAAGACUGAGAAUUACAUUUUAGAUUCCCCUUCUCACUUGAAAGAUGAAACUGAAGUUAUUGAAACCCCACCAGAGAAUGAAACUGUAGAAUGUUCUGAGACAGUAUCUCCAGAUAUAGAAGUGGCUGCACCUGGUGGAAAUGAGGUUCAUGAUGUCCUGCAGGGAAGCAUAGAAGCUGAUAGUAAUGGAAUUCCUGACAAUGCUCCCAAAGAAGAGCACUGUGAAAAGGCUAUAUCUAGCAGUGCAGAGCCUGAGAAUAAGUACGGCCUAGUACAAGGAGGAGAGGAUAUAAAGCAGAAAACUUUGACCUUGAAUUCAGUUGAUGCACGAGACAUUCCCAACAAGAAGUUAUCUGCGUCAGCAGCUCCGUUCAACCCAUCUCCUGCCAUUAUACGUGGCCCACCAGUGACCAUGAACAUUAGUCUCCCUAUUGGUGCUGGUGUUGUUCCAGCUGUUGCCCCUUGGCCAGUAAACAUGGCUCUUCAUCCAGGGUCUGCUCCUGUCCUGCCAACAAUGACUCCUAUUUGCUCCUCUCCUCACCACACUGUCCAUGCAUACCCAUCUCCCCCUAGAACCCCAAACAUGGUACACCCUUUACCAUUCAUGUACCCACCUUAUACUCAACCCCAAGCAGUACCCAGCACCUACCCUGUAACUAGCAACCCGUUUCAUCCCAAUCAUAUUGCAUGGCAAUGCAAUAUGAACCCAAAUGCAUCAGAGUUUGUUCCAGGAACAGUAUGGCCUGCUGGCUGCCAUCCUGUGGAUUUUUCUGUCUUGCCACCUGUUGUUGAACCAAUUCCUGAUCCUGUGUUGGCGCAAAAAAUGAAAAGCAAUAGUAUUGAAGGCUCAAGUUCAGCUUCAACACUUCUGGUAGAGUUGAAUGAUGGGGGGGAAUCCAAGAAAGAUGUAGGUAAUCUAGCACGAGAAGUUUUGGAUGGUGGGACUGGAGUAACUGAAAUUGCAUUGGAAAAGAAGCAAGAAAAUGGCGACUUAAAAUGCUCUGGAAUAGAAUCAUCUGGGGAUGAACUAAUCUACAACAUUAGUCCACGAGAGAACUCUGUAGGGGUUGGCGAGAAGAAUGUGUCUAGACAUACUCGGAAGAUGGAUAGUGAGGGGAGCUUCAGCAUUUUGAUAAGGGGGAGAAGAAACCGAAAACAAACUUUAAGAAUGCCAAUAAGUUUGCUCAAUAGGCCGUAUGGAUCACAAUCAUUCAAAGUCAUUUACAACAGAGUAGUCAGAGGGAGUGAAGUUCCAAAAUCUACUAACAUUUCUUCAAGUGAAGAUAGUACUGCAAGUGUUUCAUAAGAGGGUUAUUUUAUUUUUCCUUUUUAUAGAAUUGUAGGAGGAAGGUUGAGAAUAUUAGAAGAUGAAUUUCUUAACUUAUACCCAGUCCAAGAUAGGCUGGAAAAUAAGGUGCUUCCGGCUUUAAUGGUCAUGUGUUACAUUCCCGUUUUGCUGAUACAACAAAUCAUGCCAAAAGAAUGCAGACCUUCAUUGAAGCAAUCUGCUCACAUCUGCAGUCAUUUUGAGGAAAUAAUGGAAGUCAUGUCUAAAUCAGGAAAAUGCCUUCAUCCUUUGUAUUAUAUGAAGCCUAAAAUCAUCACGGUCUGACUAGUGUUUUCAGUUGAUGUGCAGGUUCAGAGAGGUAAAUUAUUUCUCAAUUUUGGUAGGGUGUCUUAAGGUAACAUCUUUUUGGUUCCCAUAGGACAACGGAUUUUGUCGCCAGUUUGGUUAAAUUUUAUCUGAAACACGUAUUGGAUUUAUUAACAGGAUGUUGUCUUUGUCAUCCUAAUAGAGACCAAAGCUAAUUCCAUAUUGUUUAUUAACUGCAACAUUGUUGCCAAAACAAAUAAUGCCAGUUUCAUUUAUAUUCA